AUGGAGCCGGCAGCGCUCGGCUGCCUCCGGCGCCUCCUGCCCGCCCGCUGCGCCCCGCGGCCCGGCCGCGUCCUGGCGUCGUCCCGCAGCGGGCAAGCGGGUGGCGGCGGCGGAACAAACCUGUACGAGGUGCUGGGGGUGGCGGCCACGGCGACGGCGGCGCAGAUCAAGACCGCGUACUACGAGCAGUCGUUCCGUUACCACCCCGACCGCAACGCCGGCAGCGCCGCCGCCGCCGCCCGCUUCGCCGCCGUUAGCGAGGCCUACCGGGUGCUGGGCAGCGCCGCCCUGCGCCGCAAGUACGACCGCGGCCUCCUCAGCCCCGAGGACCUGCGCGGCGCCCCCCAGCCCUCGGGCCGCCCGCCCGCCCCCGCCCCGCCGCCCCCCCGGGCCCCCGCCGCCCGCCGCGGCUCCGUCCCGCCGCCCUUCGACUUCGACGCCUUCUACCGGGCGCACUACGGGGAGCAGCUGGAGCGGGAGCAGCUGCUGCGGAUGAGGAGGGAGCAGCUGCGGCUCCGCCGGGAGGAGGCCGCGGCCCAGGGGCGCUUCAGGCUCCUCUCUGAACUCUCCGUGGGGCUCUUCUUCGUCCUGAGCUUCGCCAUCAUCUACGGCCUCAAGUGACAGCAGGGCCACGGCGGAGCUGGGCAGCCACCGGGGCACCCACCCAGCUCCACUGCUGCAGUGGGAGGGAGUGUCACCAGUGGGCAUGGCAGCUGGCUGGGGGUGUCCCCUGUACCUACACAGUUGGCAGGUGAUCUGUUGGUGUCUGCUCCUCAGGCCGUGACGUUUUCCCCCCGCCGGUGUGACCUUCAGACACGACUGUGUGUGACCGCUGGAUACCACGGGUGGGCUCUGCUCCGCAGGCUGUGAUGUGCCCCGCCGCCCGUGUGACCUUGCUGAUGUGACAUAGGGGCUCAACAAACUGCGAUGUGCCCUCUGUGCCAAUACGGCCUGCAGACGCAGUGCCUGACAGGUAAAUGCGGUUCAUGGACUCUGCUUUGUGGACUGUGACCUGUCCCCUCCAGCUGUUUGACCUUGGCGGUACUCACGUGCCUCUUCUGAGCCUCAGCAGAGAUUAAAUGUCUGUCAGUGGCGGUUGUGUGCUGUGUGGGUUCAUGGAGGGUGCUCUCACUGCUGCUGAGUUGUGGCUCUCUGUCGUUUUCUGAUAAUCAAAGACCUGUCACCUCUGCGCUGUCA